AUGUCGAAAGAAGAAAAUCAUCAUGUCGAAUACGGUUCUGACCCCGAUGGUAUCUCAAAUGACCAUCGCGAGUUCCUGCUUUCUCAUCAUGGAUCCGUGGACUUGGAUCCCAUUCCAUCCAUGGACCUGGCCGACCCUCUGAACUGGCCAAAGCGAAAGAAGGUGCUCAACCUGGUCCUCGUUGCUUUCCAUGCCAUGUAA